UCUAAACAGAAGCUACCUCCUCCUCCGUUCAUAUCUCCGAUUACUGUUACGAUCUUCAUCAUAUUACCUCCGCAGUCCUCCUCAGGGAGAAGGCCUUUCCGAUCAUCUCAGCCUCCAAUUUAGCUAUCCUUGCUCGCAUCUGUUCUUUUUCAUUGGAAGAUUCUAAUCUCAGUUUGUUUAUUCACAACACACUUACUGGUAGUCAUGGCAGGACUGAUGGUUGCUGGAGCAUUUCUUACACCUGUCAUUCAAGUUAUUGUUGAAAGUGUUGCCUCAGGAGAUUACAAAGACCUCUUCAUUAAACGGUUGGUGAAUAAACUUAAAAUUAAAUUGAAUUCAAUCCAGAAAGUGUUGGAUGAUGCAGAGACAAAGCAGUACCAUGACGAAAGGGUGAGGUUUUGGCUUGAUAAUCUAAAGCAUGUGGUAUAUGAAGUAGAACAACUGUUGGACGAGAUUGCUACAAGUGUACAACGGAAGUCAAAGGUUCAUCGCUUUCGUUUAGUUGGCCGUUUUAAAUCUAAGAUCAAGGUUUAUUUCUUUCUUUUAGCUGGUCGAUUUAAAUCUAGGAUCAAUGAUUUGCUAGACAAGCUAAACGUUCUUUUAGACGAAAAAGAUUUUCUGGAUUUGAAAGUAGGAAUAAUUGCUCAUAAUGAACUUUCAGAAAGAGUGCCAACCACGUCUUUGGUGGAUGAAUCUAGCAAAUAUGGUAGACAGGGUGAAAAAGAGGAAAUUAUCAGUUUCUUACUUUUAGAAAAUGGUAGUAGUAGCAGCAACCAAGCAUCAAUAAUCAGCAUAGUUGGUCUUGGUGGGAUGGGUAAGACCACCCUUGCUCAGCUUGUCUACAAAGACACCAGGGUGCAAAAGAACUUUGAUCUUAAAGCUUGGGUCUAUGUUUCAGAAUCAUUUGAUGUUAUUAGACUCACUAAAGCAAUUCUCGAGUCAUUUGGUUCUUCACCAAACACUGAAAAUCUAAAUUCACUCCAAUGCCAAUUGCAGCAGAAGAUAACAGGAAAGAAGUGUUUGCUAGUUCUAGAUGAUAUAUGGAAAGUAUAUUGGGAAAGUUGUGAGAAGUUACUAAGUUUCUUUAAUGAAGGAUCUUCUGGAAGUAAGAUUAUUGUGACAACACGAAAUAAGGAGAAUGCAUUCGCCAUGGAAUCUAAGUUAUUUGAAUUAGAUAAAUUGAAGGAGGGUGAUUCUUGGAGUUUAUUUGAACGACAUGCUUUUCCCAACAAAAAAGCGAGUGAGUAUCCAGAAUUUGAACCAAUUGGAAAGAGGAUUGUUGGCAAGUGUGGAGGGUUGCCAUUAGCCGUGAUAACUAUGGGGAAACUCUUGAGAGCAAAAUUCUCUCAAAGUAAAUGGAUCGAAAUAUCGGAGAAUGAUAUGUGGGGUUUAUCAGAGAAAGACACUAGCAUAAAUCCAGUAUUGAGACUGGGUUACCAUAAUCUUCCUUCCAAUUUGAAGCCAUGUUUUGCUUACUGUUCCAUAUUUCCUAAGGGUUAUUAUUUUGACAAGAAUAAGUUAAUCAAAAUGUGGAUGGCAAAUGGUUUCCUGAAUUCCUACAAAAGUGACAAAAGUAAAGAAGAGUUGGGUAGUGAAUUAUUCAAUGAUCUUGAGUCAGUUUCAUUUUUUCAAAGAUCACUAGAUUUUGAUGAUUAUUUUAUCAUGCAUGAUCUUGUAAAUGACUUGGCAAAAUCAGUGUCUCAUAAGUUUUGCUUACAAGUGGAGGAUGAUAAGUUGCAGGAUAUAAUUGAAACAACACGCCACAUUGGGUGCUUUCUUGAGUUGGAAGAUUUUGAUGAAAUUUUAAAGCACAUUUAUAGAGCUAAGGGAGUACACAGCUUGUUUGCAGAACGACCACCAGGAAGUGGCAAAUGCUUCAGGAUAAGCAACAGUAUGCAAUGUGAUUUAUUUUCAAAGCUAAAAUAUUUGCGGAUGUUGUCAUUUCGUGGGUAUAGUGAUCCACACAGUGAGUUAGAACUAGCAAAUGAGAUUGGCAAUCUAAAGCUUUUGCGUUAUCUAGACUUGUCUUGGACAACAAUUAAAAGGUUGCCCAAUUCUAUCAGUAAGCUUUACAAUUUAGAGACACUGAUAUUGGAAUGUUGUUAUUGUUUGACUGAAUUUCCUUUAGAUCUUUCCAAACUUGACCGUUUACGCCAUCUUAAUCUGAAUGGAACUGCAAUAAAAAAGAUGCCAAAGAACAUAAGUAAACUAAACCAUUUACAAACUUUGGCUUACUUUGUUGUGGGAGAGCCGAGUGGUUCUGAUAUUGAGGAGUUAGAAAGUCUCAAUCUUCUUCAAGGAGAACUUUGUCUUUCAGGAUUGAACAAUGUCACUGAUCCAACACAUGCCGUAAAGACCCGUUUGCAAGAUAAAAAGUUUUUAGAAGAAAUACAUAUGAUAUUUGAUGGUUCAGUAGUGGAAAGCAAUGUGUCUGUCUUGGAUGCCCUUAAACCAAAUAAAAAUCUGAAGAGGCUCACCAUUAACAACUACAAUGGCAAUAUGUUUCCAAUUUGGCUAAGGGGUUGUGAUUUACCCAACUUAAUAUCUCUUAAACUUAAGUACUGUCAUGGAAUAAAGAUCUUUGGAAAUAACUCAACAAAUGUUCCGUUCAAGUUCCUUGAAGUUUUGGAAUUUGACUGGAUGUCGGAAUGGGAGGAAUGGUUAUGUAUUGAAGGGUUUCCCCGGCUUAAAGAGCUUUAUAUAGAAAAUUGUCCCAAAUUGAAAAGGGCAUCACUGCCUCAACAACUUCCUUCAUUACAGAAGUUGGUGAUCAGAUGGUGUGAAAUGUUGGACGUAUCAAUUCCCAAUUGUGAUAAUAUCAAAGAGUUAGAUAUAUCGAGAUGUGAUCGAGUUUUGAUAAAUAAGUUGUCAUCCAGCUUGAAAAGGUUUGUCCUUUGUAAAAAUCAGUAUGUUGAGUUCUGCAUGGAACAUUUAAUCAAUAGUCCCAGUCUGGAAAUGUUGAAGUUGGAUUUCAAGGACUUUGUAAAAUGUCCCUCAUUGGAUUUGUGUUGUUAUAAUUCUCUUUAUAGUCUUUCAAUAAAAGGAUGGCAGUCCUCCUUGCCUUUUUCAGUACACUUGUUCCCCGGUCUUAAUUCUCUUAGUUUGUCAAAUUGUCCAAGGCUGGGGUCUUUUCCUAUGGGAGGUUUGCCUUCCAACUUGGGGUACCUUAAAAUACACAAUUGCCCAAAAUUAAUUGCUUCUAGAGAGGAGUGGGGUUUAUUCCAACUCAAUUCUCUGACUAUUUUCAGUGUUAAGGAUGAUUUUGAAAUCGUGGAAUCCUUCCCAGAGGAGGAUCUACUACCCCAAUCUCUCAUGUAUCUUUGGAUGUCAAAAUGUUCAAAGCUAAGAAUAAUAAACUGCAAGGGUUUUCUCCACCUCAAAUCUCUCAGACAAAUAUAUAUUAAAAACUGCCCUGGUCUUGAGCUCUUGCCAGAGGAGAGUCUACCAAAUUCUCUUAAAGAGUUGAUGAUUGAAGAAUGUCCGUUACUUACGGAGAAGUACAAAAAGGAGGGAGGAGAGAGAUGGCAUACAAUUAGUCACAUCCCUGAAGUGAUGAUUGACGGUUAUGUGCAGCAAAUGAUUGUCUGAAUUGAUUGGUGGAAAAGACAUGUUUGCCAGAGGCAAGUACAACUCAUGAGUUCAUUUUUUUCUUCAUAAUUUUGUUUGGCACAAUAAUAACACUCUGUAUGUAUUUGAUGUUGAUCAGUGGCAAGUCCAUAUGAUCCGAUCCCUUUGUAGUAUGGGAAGUGCCCCUCAAAGAUCUUGCAGACCAAGACAUACCAUUGCCAUCAAAAUGAAGCACAUCCACUUUCCUAAUCUUUUCAUCAAUUCAAAAGUAUGAGUAAUUAAAUCAAACUAUGGAUUUCAAUUAUUUUCUAUUAUUGUGUGGUUCAUAAGAGUCUGUAUUUAUUCUCAAAAAAUAAGACUUUGUAUUCCUAUUGUUAAUUGUCCAGUUUCCUUUUUCUGUAGUGUGUCUUGUGUCUGUCUACAUAACAUUAAGACUUGAGAAAAUAAAUGUGAAUGGCUACAUUGAUUUUCUUAUUA